GCUGCAAUUCACAAUGGCACGCCUCAUACUGUGUGUGUUGGCUAUGCUAGUGGCCGGCAUCUCCGCCGGGAAGAAACUCUCCCACUCCCCGGCAUUCUCCUGGGAUGCAGACCCCACCUGCGCCGUGGGGGAAAUCCCUUAUAACUGCCACCUGAAGAAGGUCCAGUGUGGCGCCAUCACCAAGAUGUUGGAGCCAAGUGGAGCUUACAUCAAGAACUACGUCGUUUGUGCCAAGUCAGCAGCCAGCGAACUGGGCCCCGUUUUCUUCAAGAACAUAGGAGUAGCUUACGCCGACAACAUGGACGACAAGCACGUUUUCCCCACCGUUACUGACGUCCGCCGCUGUGCGCUCGAGGCGACGGGACUGCUGCAGCCUGACACGACCAUCAACCGCACCGCCAUCGCCGCCUCCAUCACCAACUCGUUCAAAGGCUCUCCCUUGGGCGUCGCCAUUGCCCAGGCCACUGCCACCUGCCCCGAGCCGACCGAAUUCAUGAUGGCAGACUUCAUGAACUGCCUCAAGGAUGCCUGCCUCCAGAACGUGAUUGCCCUUGCCACAACGGCACCCCCGCCCACGACGACGACUACGACUAAGACUACGACUCCGCAGGCCAGCAUUCUCCUGCCCAUAAAUUCCAUAUAUAUGCCUGACGUCUGAACACAACAGAAAACGGGAAUUUCUCACACCAACCAGAUGACCGGAUUUAGUUUAUGAAUUGUCUUAUUGUUUUUUCACGACACAGUGAUAUGUAACAUCAGAUGUACUAUUCAAAACCUCAUGAAUAUUAUGUACUAUUAAAUGCAAGAGCCUUAUUAUUGUAACAUUA